UUUCAGACUCGACGAAUAAUGAAAGUAUUAGAUCUGAUCUACUUUUUCAGAAUACACAGGGGGUCCAGCGUGAGCACAAAAUUAACGAUGAUUUCUAAAUGACCCAUAAAUCGCGAAAUUUAUUGCUUCUGAUGGUUGCAUCAUUUUAACUCGUGUUGGAAGGGUGACAGCACAUGAUGUGGCGGCCGGUGCGUGAAGUUUUUCGCGGCACAUGGGAGCGGUUUGUCGACGGGUUGCUCCACUCGGCAAGUUAUCCGGCCGCUCGCUUUUUGUCGCCGGCGCUCGAAAAGCAAGCGGCCACCUCCGCGGCGUCGCGGUGGCAAGCCUGGUGGUCCACGAAGCAGGCCGCUGCAUCACCAACGACGGCGUCACCUACACCCACUCUACCGAUCGCAAGUUCCGUGGCCGUCGCAGCGGGUUCUACUGUUUCAGCUCCCGCGGCUCCCACACCGCGACUAGCUCGGCUCUGCGGGGCAACUACGGCACCAGGAUGCAGUACGGGUAGUGCCAGAGCCGCGAGUGGCUCUGCUUGUUCUACAGCCCCCUUGCUCUCAGCAAGAAACGAUGCAUCCUGUUCCGCAACUGAUGACAAACAAGGGCGAGACCAUCUUCCCUCUGACGGUAGUUCUGCAAGACCUUCCAAAAAACCUCGUCCGCCCGGCACCAAGCCGUUGCGGUGGAGUACCUCCGAGGAAAAGGCCCGCUUCCGAAAACGCCUAGAACGAGAAGGCUGGUGGCCGCCCGCCCGUCUCGAUCUCGAAGUAGAGCCAACACAAAAAAACUGCGCAGGCGAGAGCACAACGACUGCUCGUCCAGCACGUGAUUGUUCUUUCAGUACAACAACCCCCGGAUCGGCUCUUUCGGUGGCUACCACGACGCAGACGUAUCCAGCCGGCUCCUCGUCGGUUGUAGUGUCAACCUCGGCUUCCAGUUCUUCCACUAGCCAGCCACAAGAACGACUGCCAAGUUAUACUCGUAGAACUGCGCGCUUACAACCGACAACGUACCUGGCUUCCGCUGCAUUUUCCGCUUCCAGUGCUACGACCGGCGUUACGACGGUCGUUGGGGCCGACGAAGCGACAUCUACGUCCCCCUCAAGCGAAGGAGCGGGGAUCAUCCUGACCAUCGGGCGACUCCCGCCGCAUCGUGGCUGCUUUGAGGAGCAAAGCGCUGCACAAGUAGAAGAGCCUUCUCGAUCAGUGGUCGGGGGCUCCUCUUUACUCGCAGCGGGCGGCGUGGUCGAAAUAGACCGGCUUUGUGUACCGUGGCACGAAGUGCAAGAAUUCGCGCCGCUAUUCCGAAAUCCACACAUCCCCAAAAUUUACUACAACUACUCGUGGCAUCGCUUCCAGUUUGAGCAGCGCUUGGGCAUCACGGAUCUGGUACUUUUUAGGUAGUUCUCGAUAUGAUGAAAGAUUUAUGACGAACAACUUUUGGCCGAUUGCCUGAAGAAACAAUUUGAGUCCGUGUGGCUGCGUGUGUAAAACAGUACCUAAGUUAGUACCUCCCCGUGAAGAGAGUACUGUCCCCCUGAAGAACGGCUUCUCCGAAUAAACUAUUGAUUCUCUCCGCGGUGCGCAUGAACUGCAACCCGGACAUUUGAAAAUUUCUGUUUCAUCUGCUAGACAGAAAUAAACAAGUUGUAUAUCAAAAUAAAAAGUAUUUUACUUUACAAACCCAGCACGGUUUUCAUGCGGACGUGAUGCACAUGAGCCGGUUGUCAGACGGAGCACCGGAAAGAGCGCAAAUGGCGAACACAAACCUCGAGGACUGCACGAUUACAGCGUAUCACCAUCUCGAGACCGUUCUCCAGAGCAUCGAGUUUCGCGGUGAGACGUUUCACGACCUAUACCACCAGCAUUGGCACGAGUUUGGACAGGUUUUGGCCGAGAUCGAAUCGCGAGGGGUCGGGCUCAACGUCCAGAGGCUGCAGCAGCUUACCGCCCAAGCGGAAAGAGAACGAGGCGCUGCGGAGCAGAAGUUUCGUAUGUGGGUCAAAGGUCAGAUGACAAACAAGCGGGAAACAUUCGAGAAGAAGAAACAAGCGGAGCUAGAGCAGCUCCAGGCCGAGCAUCUGUCAGGAACAGGAAGGGGCACGACAGGCAGCAAAAUCCGAAAAAAAGCUGCAGCCACUGCAUUCGACGAACAGAAUGCGCAUUUGCUACAUAUAGGGAGCACGAAGCAGCUGAUGCAAUUGUUGUUCGCUCCAUGGGAUAAUUGCACCGUAAAAGACGACGACUACGGCAGCACUUUGACGACCAAUAGAUCACCGACAGGUACUAGGCCGAAUUACUACUCCUCUAGCAGCAAAUCGGACGACGUGUUGUUUCUGCCCGAGGCCGACUCCUUUUCCGUCGAAGCAGAGUACUUUGAUGAAGAAGCCGUCGCGAGCGCCAGGGCGGACGCCGAGCAGAACGUUUUAGAACUGUACCAGGUGCAGUCCGAUCUCGAGACUUACCUCAAGAAGUGGGUCGAAGACGAGCCGAACGAAGAAGGCGAAGGAGGUUCUUGUGAGGGCCUAGAAGCGGCGCAAGAAAUGAGCGACGAUCUCGAUCAGGAAGUGGACGAAGAUGAAAUCCGCAUGACCCGUGCGGAAAUGUCGCAGAAGCUGAAAAAGUUGAAGCUUGCGGAUUUGAAGCUGUGGGUGGACCUGUUGCGGCCCUGGAGCGAGGAGGUCACCCAGAAGUCAAAACUUGGUACCAAAGGGAAGCUGAUCGCGGAACUGCUGCGCAUCCCGGAACUUGCGGACUUGGAACAGCGACGAGCGGAACAGAUUUGCAAAGCCGACAAAACACUCCAGCACAUCACUAUUCCAGGCUUGGGACUGGAGCCGCACAGCUACACCAAGAAAGGCUGGCCGUCCGUGAGCAAAGACACGCUCGCGGCAAUUCUUAAGCGACACAGGCUUGAAGUAGUCGCGGCGAGGGAAAAAGAUGAAGGAGGCGUGGAACAACAGGCUCUUGAUGGUGCUGAUGCACGUGGAACUCCGACCCGGCGGGAAGGACUACACGACGACGUUGAGCACGAAGUAAGUCGUCUCGACGAAGCGCUAGAAAACCGACUGCAGAAAGAUACUGACGGACGUGACGAUGAACGCCGUCAGAGCGACGUUCUUUAUUCUGCUGACCAGCAGAGCAAACCCGAAGCCGCACCUAAUUCACCUGUACAACAUGCAGCAGCCGUAUGGGAGUGUCAGAUUUGAAAUCGUCAAAGUUUAAAUAGUUUGUCAUGCAUAAAAUGCAAUACAGAGAGUGACUCUAAUGCAGAGGACGUACGGGAGGCAGAUUAUAGUCCUGGUAAGGGUCAAAAGUUGGAUUGCUGACUAGCAUGACAGAAGGCAGGUCUUUUGCCCUAAACCACAUGACAGACUCGCUUCCAGGACCGGGAAAAUUUGUCAUGCACCGACUACAAACUGUAGGUCUAACCGGUAUCCGUUUUAUGCAUGACAAACUAUUUCUGCGGACCAUCUGCGGUGAGGUGCCCUUACAGGUUGUGUAGUGGUUUCGGUCGGUUUAGCAUGACAAACUAUUUCAACUUUGACGUUUUCAAACCUGACACAUCCAUAAGCCGAGACGACGCCUCCCCCGCCGUUCGACCCUUCGUUACUUGAGUAUCUCGACUCGACGGCCAUGUUACAGAGUUUCAUGUAUCCCCUGGCGAAUUACGCAAUCGAGUACAACAAACAAAAAUCUAACGAAACGUUGGCCGCUUCGCUGCCGCGCAUCUACAUGAACUUAAACCUUUACACCGCUACGGGGCGCUUGGCCUGCCGUAAACCCAACCUGCAGAACGUGCCAACCGCUUCGCGAACGUACAAUCUCCGCUCUUGUUUUGCCGCCGCGCCGGGCAAAACCUUUGUCAUUAUCGAUUACUCACAGCUGGAGCUGCGGCUGCUCGCACACUUAGCUAAUUGCGAGGCGAUGUUGGACGGAUUCAAAAAGGGUGGCGAUUUCCACUCGCGUACUGCACUCGCCAUGUUCCCACACAUUGGUAAACACGAUAGUACGCAAGCCGUGAGCCAGCAACACGCAGUAGUGGUCGGGGGCGAUGUAACAAACGGCGGCAAUAACGCGCCAGAAACCUCAAACAAUACGGACGGCACCAGGAUGCUGGCGGAACAUCAAGACGACAUUGCGUAUGUCAAGGACCAGUUUCCAGUGGAGCGCAAAAAAGCCAAGACCCUCAACUUCGCAGUCGUGUAUGGGGUCACCAAGUUAUCAACUGCAAAUAUGUCCUCUGGGUCUGGGAGAUUGCAAGAUUUGUCAUGCUAGUCUGAGAUGAAUCUGAGCUCUGUGUUGCGCUCCCGCGAGGACGUCCUCCCUCGUGUCAUGCAAAAACGCAGUGUCUCAUGCGGAGGACGCAACUCUAAACCACGGAAAAAUUUGUCAUGCUAUGGAGCGCAUUACAGUGUGCUUGCUAUUCCCUUCCUUGCAUCACAAGGUUCCAGACCCAGACAUAUUUGCAAUCCAUACAAGUACGGCCUCGCCAAAACGCUACAGCUGGACGGUGGAGCGGAAGAAGCGGAGCAGAUCAUCAACACAUGGUAUGCCCGCUUUCCGGAGGUGCUCCAGUGGCAGCAACGCACGAUCCAGCGAGCCUACGAAGACGGAUACGUCGAGACCCUGCUGGGCCGGCGGCGCUGGAUCCCCGACCUGCACAGCUACUACACGGCGCAGCAGCAGCAGCAGCAGCAAAUGGCCGCGCAGGUGUUUGUGGAUAGAAGUGCGGAGCACGUCGCGAAUCGUCCACACCUUGAACCUGAGGAGCUACAACUUCCGGGGCAGCAUCAUGAUGACCGAGAAGAUCAUCAUCAUCCAUCGAACAAAAGAAGUGCGCCCCCGAGAAGCAAUAAACAGGUGCUGACGCACGCGCGCAGAAAACAUUUGGAGCGGGUGGCAACAAACACGCCGGUGCAGGGCAGCGCGGCGGACGUCGUUACAAACGCCAUGAUCGAGCUGCACCGAUCACCGGUGCUGAAGGAGUUGAAGUUUGUCCAAAUUCUGCAAAUUCACGACGAGCUUAUAUUGGAAGGGCCUGUGGAGAACGCCGAGGCGGCCGAGCGCGAGAUCAUCCGUCUUGCGGAAUCUACUAGCGGGAUGAUGAUGAAGUUGCGUACACUAUCCUGAGGAAAAACGUCCCCACCCCAGAGUUGUCAUGCAGAUCUGCAAGCACAAAAGCGUUUGUAAUGCGCAUCCCCAUGAGAGGCAUUAUCCAUCGUGGUUUGGAACUUGUAAUGCUGUAAACAGAAUAAAGGGAUGGAUUUGUUAUGCGGCUUCCCUUGCUAAACUGCACUAGUACACUACAGCCUGCAAUUUGUCAUGCGUGGUUACCAAAACUUCAAGGUUUGUGUUGCAAAAUCCCCAUCUUAACUCUGUGGUGGGGACGUUUUUACAAAUAAUAUACACCGCUUGUGGUGGAUUCGCGGAUCAGUGACACGUGGAUGUGAAGAGGACAAUAAUUGAUGAGAAUAAAAUUAUAAAUAGGAAAAAUCCAGGAGGCGGCCUGGCUCCAUCAACUUUUCGUCAUUGUUUGUAACUGUGAGUGUAUGGACGAAAUGUUGAAAAAUAAGUUCCUAGGAAUACUUAACUGAACCUUUGUACUCAUGUUCAUGAUCUCGCCCCUGUCAGAUGCUCGCCUCUGCUGCUGAAGAUCGCGACGACGCUUCGUUUUCUUUUUCUUCUUGUACGAGUUUGUAUUGGAAAAAGAAGAUUUCCACUUCUUGUGCAGCCUUUGGAGCCACAUCUUCAGGGCAUAAGCAAGGCACUUUACCUCUACUUUAGUUACAUGAUAUGAUAUCAAUCUACAACUAAGCUCGCCCUCCGCUGUCUCGUUCCGGGCGACCGAGAGAAGAGUACUUGUCGAUUGCUUUUCCAGGACUAACUUAUCAAUGUCAUAUAAAGUGAUAAAGGUAAAGGAUGGCUGGCUCGUCACGCCCUGGAGAGUCGGCGGCUCAUUAUCUUGCACAGGUCACGCGUUUCGAACUCACCACACUCAUUUCUUUGUUUCUCCUUCAUCUAUAUCGCAACUUGAUCUAGAACCUAAUCUUAAUCACGCACAGAGAUGUUUUUUGUUUCGUUUGGUUGCUGAACCGCUCCAGCCUUGUGCCAUUCAAAAAUGGUACAAAUAAUAU